UAUCGCUGCACUCAAUAGUUCUAUCGUCCCUCACGCGGACUCCCGUCCGCAGGAGGCUGAAUAAAAUCGCAGGGGUAGAUCGCCUGGACUUGUUUGGCCUGAUGUUUCGAGGGGCAGAGGCGAAGAAGGGCUUUCUUCCGAUCCAAUACCGUUUAGCCGAUGGUCGCCUCUCCGACCAUCUGAAUCCUAAUCAAUCCCGUCUCUCCGAGCAGCAAUCUAAAGAGAAAUAAGAGGGGUGGAAAAAUAGUGGUUGAAAUGGGCGGUAGCGGCGGCGGAGAAAGGACGCCGGAGGGUUCGGAGGAGCAGCAGAAGCGGUCGGAGAUAUACACGUACGAGGCGCCGUGGCACAUCUACGCGAUGAACUGGAGCGUGCGGCGGGACAAGAAGUACCGGCUGGCCAUCGCGAGCCUCCUGGAGCAGUUCCCGAACCGCGUGGAGAUCGUCCAGCUGGACGACUCCACCGGCGAGAUCCGCUCCGACCCGGCCCUCUCUUUCGAGCACCCCUACCCCCCCACCAAGACCAUGUUCGGCCCCGAGCGCGACUGCCUCCGCCCGGACCUCCUCGCGACCUCCGCCGACUUCCUCCGCAUCUGGCGCAUAUCGUCGGAUGACGAAGGCGACGACGAGAACAACAAGAAGAGCAACUCCUCCUCCAAGUCGUCGUCGCGCGUGGAGCUCCGGUCCCUCCUCAACGGCAACCGCAACUCCGAGUUCUGCGCCCCCCUGACCUCCUUCGACUGGAACGAGGCGGAGCCGCGCCGCGUGGGCACUUCCUCCAUCGACACCACCUGCACCAUCUGGGAUAUCGAGCGCGAGGCCGUGGACACCCAGCUCAUCGCCCACGACAAGGAGGUCUACGACAUCGCCUGGGGCGGCGUCGGCGUCUUCGCCUCCGUCUCCGCCGACGGCUCCGUCCGCGUCUUUGACCUCCGCGACAAGGAGCACUCCACCAUCAUCUAUGAGUCGGCUGACCCCCCGGAGACCCCACUCGUCCGCCUCGGCUGGAACAAGCAGGACCCCCGCUACAUGGCCACCAUCAUCAUGGACUCCGCCAAGGUUGUCGUCCUCGACAUCCGCUUCCCCAGUCUGCCCGUCGUCGAGCUCCACCGCCACCAGGCCAGCGUCAACGCCAUCGCCUGGGCCCCUCACAGCUCCUGCCACAUCUGCACUGCCGGGGACGACUCCCAGGCCCUCAUCUGGGACCUCUCCUCCAUGGGCACCGCCGGAGGCAGCGCCUCGGGCGGAGGCGGCCAGCAGGCUGCUGCCGCUGCCGACGGCGGCCUUGACCCCAUACUCGCCUACACCGCCGGGGCCGAAAUCGAGCAGCUACAGUGGUCCUCCACUCAGCCCGACUGGGUUGCCAUCGCCUUCUCCACCAAGCUCCAGAUACUCAGGGUUUGAGAGUCAGACAUACAGAGGAACAAAGAAAGGCCAACAGGUGGGAGGGCAUCCAGCAAGGUUUAGGAAUCCAGUGGAAAACUUCGUGUUACCAUGAUAAUUCUAUUUUUGAGAGUAACUUGCAAUUUUUUGCGAGGGAAGAUUGUAUUUCCUUCAAACUCGUAUUGGCGCUGCUUAACAAAUUCCUUUACCUAUAAGGAUGAGGAAAGGAGAAGUUGAAUGCUUGUUUUUGUCAGUCUUCUGGUGUUUGUGGUGGUUAUUUCAUUCCCUUAACAACAUCAAUUAGCUAUCAAAAAAUUAUGGCAAAUCUCAUAUGGUUAUGAAUAGUAAUGGAUUAUAAGGGUCUAGUUGUGCAUUUAUGCCCUACAAAGUCCAUUUAAAUACACUGCCUAAAGUCAAAAAGGGAUACUAGCAAUUUUAUUUCGUUAUCAGCUUUCCUGAGGAGGUUAGCGAAGUUAUGUCUACAGUUAUUAAAGAUGGGUUGGUGAUGGAGCAAAUGGGGAAGCUAUUCAUUUUAUCCAACAUUAUAGAACUUAAAGACUCUGCCCUUCUUGGACCCUUUCUUUCUUUGAUUUGGCAAAUUAAAUUUUAGGAGGGAAGAAAACUAUAGACUAUGAACUGUAGCUGCAUAUUGUUUCUUUGGCCAACUAGGAUCGCAGCUACUUAAACAUAAUGAGAUUAUUCCAUUAUAAGUAAACUGUUUUAGCUCGAAAUAUUAAGUGUUUUCACUAUGUUCGUUCUCAGUAAAAUAUGUUAUCAACAUAGUGUAAUUUGUUGUGGAUCUUUGUACUCAGGGAUUCAAGUCAUUUGUUCUUGCUAUCGUUGG